AUGGCUGCGUUCGACGUGAUGUCCGUGUACUAUGCGAUGCUCCCGUUCUUCAUCGGAGGGGCGUCCGGCAUGGUCGCGACUGCGUGCAUCCAACCCAUGGACAUGGUCAAGGUCCAGAUUCAAUCCCGGGCGGCGACUGCUGUGACGUCGCCACUGGCCAUUGCUUGCGAGCUUGUCGGGUCGAAAGGCGUGUCGGCGCUGUACACUGGCCUUGGCGCGGGGCUGCUCCGCCAAGCCACGUACACAACUGCGCGCCUCGGAAUUUUUGACGUCCUCUCCACACGGUUGAAAUCAUCGAGCGACGAAACGCUACCGUUCUACAAGCGCGCGGCGGCUGGCCUCGUCGCUGGCGGGCUUGGCUCGAUCGUGGGCAACCCCUGCGACCUUGUCCUCGUGCGAAUGCAAACGGACGCGCACUUGCCGCCGAGCCAGCAAAAGCAUUAUCGUGGCGUCGGCGACGCGUUCCGUCGAAUUGUUGUGGACGACGGCGUGUUUAGUCUGUGGAAAGGAUCGUUCCCGACCGUGUUGCGCGCUAUGUCUCUGAACAUGGGAAUGCUUGCCAUGUAUGACCAGGCCAAGGACGUUUUCAGCCCCCUGUACGGCCCUGGCACGGCGACGGUGUUUUUGUCCAGCGCGACGGCCGGCGUCUUUGCGAGUGUAUUCUCGCUCCCGUUCGACUUUGUCAAGACGCGCCUGCAAAGCACGACCAUGUACAGCGGGUUCACCGACUGUGUCGUCCAAGUUGUGCAGAAGGAAGGCACGGCCGCGUUCUACCGUGGGUUUUCCACGUACUACGUGCGCAUCGCACCGCAUGCCAUGAUCACACUGACUGUCGCGGAGUCGCUUCGGCAAUGGUUCAAGUGA